GGCCGAGGCCAAGCAGAAAGAGAUAAACCUCAUCGGAAUCAACUAUAUUUGACCUGAAAGCCAAUACGCAAGAGACUAGAAAAUUUGCUUCCAUGGAUUUCCUUCUGGCUGACAGAAGCACCUGUGUAUUUGGUCUAGUAGCCAUUCUAUUCUUUUCUUACUAUCUGUUUCUUAGGUCAAGAAUUGCCAAGAGCAAAAAUUAUGCGCCCAUAGCUAGAGGGGCAAUGCCCAUAAUUGGCCACCUUCCAUUGUUGAGAGGACCAAAGCUUCCUCAUUUAACACUUGGAGACAUGGCUGAAAAAUAUGGUCCUAUCUAUGCCAUCCGGUUAGGGGUGCAUCCAGCUUUGGUGGUGAGUUCUUGGGAGAUUCUUAAGGAAAUAUUCACAAACCAUGAUGUGGCUGUCGCCUCCCGCCUCAAAGUGACGUCUGCAAAACACAUGGGCUACGACUAUGCCAUGUUUGGGUUCUCACCCUACGGUCCAUACUGGCGUGAAAUGCGCAAAAUAGUCAAUUUAGAGCUACUCUCAAACCAUAAACUCGAGCUACUCAAGCACGUUCGAGUCUCUGAAGUGGAGACAUCAUUGAAAGAGCUCUACAAACUGUGGGCUGAAAAAAAGGAUUCUUCAAACCAUGCUUUAGUUGAAAUGAAACAAUGGUUUGGAGACUUGGCAUUGAAUGUGAUCUUUAGGAUGGUUGCCGGGAAGAGGUAUUUUGGAACUGGUUUAAAGGGUCAUGACAAGGAGGCCAGGCGGUGUCAAAGGGCGCUGAGGGAAUGGUUUCAUUUGUUAGGGGUAUUUGUGUUAAAGGAUGCUGUUCCUUUACUUGGGUUUUUGGAUUUGGGUGGGCAAGAAAAGGCCAUGAAGGAGACUGCCAAAGAAAUGGAUAGUAUUGCUAGUGAAUGGUUAAAGGAACAUAAGCAGAAGAGAGCCUUGGGGGAGGUUAAAGAGAAAGACUUCAUGGAUGUUUUGCUUUCUCUCGUCGAAGCUGAAAGUACUAAUCCAAACCUCUCAGGUUGGAAUGUGGAUACUAUCACCAAAACAACCUGCUUGAAUUUGAUUGGAGGAGGCAGUGACACCACCAAGGUCACCUUAAUAUUGGCACUUUCACUAUUGUUAAACAACCGCCAUUGCUUGAAAAAGGUACAAGAAGAGCUAGACAUCCAUGUAGGCAAAGAAAGGCUAGUAAAUGAUUCAGAUCUUAGCAACUUGAUAUAUCUCCAAGCUGUAGUGAAGGAGACAUUACGCCUGUACCCUCCUGCCCUUCUUUUCCCACGCCUCUGCACUCAGGACAUCACCCUAAAUGGUUACCAUGUCUCUAAAGGCACUUGGAUUUUCUUGAAUCUUUGGAAGAUUCAAGCCGACCCCCGCGUCUGGUCUGAUCCAUACGAAUUCAAGCCAGAGAGAUUUUUAUCAAGCCAUAAGGAAGUUGAUGUGAGGGGACGGCACUUCGAAAUGAUCCCAUUUGGUUGUGGCAGAAGGGUGUGCCCUGGAAUUUCUUUUGGUCUCCAAGUGUUGAACUUGACAUUGGCUGGUUUAUUACAUGGAUUCGACAUCUCCACCCCAUCAAAUGCAAGGGUUGAUAUGACAGAGAGUCCUGGUCUGACGAGCAUCAAAGCCACCCCUCUUGAAGUUCUCAUCACCCCUCGUCUUUCUCCUAACAGUUAUGGAUGAUUCAGUCAUGCAAUAUAAACACAGAGAGAGAGAGAGAAAGAGACAGAGACAGAGAAGGAAUGCAUUUUUACUUGUGUUUCUUUUAUUAUAUCUAUGCAGCUGUCAUGCUUUGGACUUUGGAAGGAGGGUACAUCAUCAAAAGUUUUCAUUGCAAAACUGUUUCUAACAAUAAAGAGUCCAUCUUUCUAUCGAGAAAA